AGCACAAAUAUUUCCAUUAUGUGCCGCAUUUUAAAAUCUGCUGUAUUAUCUGUGGUUUAUUUAUGAUUUAUCCCGAAACCAGUUUAACAUUGCGAGGUAUCCGCAAAUAUCGUUGCGGUGUAAUGUAUUAUUUUAGAGUGAUUUGCUGUGCUAUGCUAGCAGUAGUAACAGUGCUUGUUUUUGUUAAUUGUAGUUUUUACAAUCACUUUCGCAGUAAAUCACACAAGUAUUCUGUGAUGUUUGAAAAAGAACAGCGCGUGACAUGGGAUUCUUUGGGACUCUUAACAGCGAACCUGGAGACUUUUAUUAUAGAACUGAAUUUGAACCGGAUAUGCGUCGCUCACUGUCUCGCUGAGUUUGUUUAUGUAUCAUCCACUGUAGAAUCCACGUGGAUUUAAGUAACUAUUUUAUUUUAAUUCGUUUAAUCUUAAGGCAUGUUUAGUUUAGUUUAACUAAGCAAAUGAAUGACUGCGCGUGCAGGACUGAACUGAACGCCACAUAAAUGUCAAUAUUUAUUCAAGGUUAUUCUGAGAUUGAAGGCAUUGUGUCUUAAGGACGGGAUGAGCAUGUCACUGAGAUACUGUCAGAAGUUCUUACUGAGACUCGCUGGUGGGACCCUUGAGACCUACACGUGUUUGAGCACCAUCAGGAGACACUACAGCACCGGCCUCGAAGUUCAGAGUCAGAGGAGGGUGGUCAUCACCGGCAUUGGACUGGUCUCGCCCCUCGGAACAGGGUGUGCUAUACCUUGGCAGCGUCUGAUUGGUGGAGAGAGCAGUUUAGUUGGUCUGGAUGCAGAUGAAUAUAAAACAGUGCCAUGUAAAGUGGCAGCUCGUGUGCCACGAGGAGAGAAAGAUGGAGAUUUUAGAGAGGGAUUGUUUGUAUCUAAAGGAGACAUCAACAGUAUGUCCGCGGCCACGGUGAUGGCUUUAGGUGGCGCCCAGCUGGCCCUGGAGGAUUGUGGGUGGUAUCCCAGCAGUCCUGAGGAGCAGAUCAGCACGGGUGUGGCGGUGGGCAUGGGCAUGGUCUCUCUGGAGGAGAUUGCUCGAACAGCUGCUGCGUUCCAAACACGCGGCUACAGCAAGGUCAGUCCGUUCUUCGUACCUCGCAUCCUGGUCAACAUGGCCGCCGGGCACAUAAGCAUCAGACACAAACUGAAGGGUCCCAAUCACGCCGUUUCGACAGCGUGCACGACAGGGGCGCAUGCCGUCGGCGACGCUGCCCGCUUCAUCGCUCACGGCGACGCUGCAGUGAUGCUCGCUGGGGGCACUGAGGCCUGCGUCAGCCCACUCUCUAUAGCCGGGUUCUGUCGGGCUCGGGCUCUCAGCACCAGCUGGAACCAGGAGCCCAGGCUGGCGUCACGUCCGUUUCAUCCGGAGAGAGAUGGUUUUGUGAUGGGCGAGGGGGCAGCGGUGCUGGUUCUAGAGGAGUACGGGCACGCCCAUCAGAGAGGUGCUCGUGUGUACGCUGAGGUGCUGGGCUAUGGACUCUCUGGAGAUGCCAGUCACAUCACGGCACCGACCGCAGAUGGAGACGGAGCCUUUAGGUGCAUGUCUGCGGCCAUCCGGGAUGCUGGAAUAUCUGCCUCAGACGUGACGUACGUCAACGCUCACGCCACCUCCACACCACUGGGAGAUGCCGCUGAGAACGCGGCCAUUAAAAGAUUGUUUGGGCAGCAUGCCCGCUCGCUGUCUGUGUCCUCUACUAAAGGUGCCACCGGUCAUCUGCUGGGAGCCGCAGGUGCGCUGGAGGUAGCGUUCACAGCGCUGGCCUGUUACCAUGGCACCCUGCCUCCAACCCUGAAUCUGGACCGGACGGACCCAGAGUUUGAUUUGAAUUAUGUACCCUUCACAGCACAGUCCUGGGACCCCAGCGCACGCAGAAUCGCUUUAACUAACUCUUUUGGGUUUGGAGGAACCAACGCGUCACUGUGUCUCGCAAGUGUUUGAGAUGUUGUUGCAAAUGUUUUUUGUUACACAAAUCUGUUUUGUCAGUAUGGGAUUAUUGCAUGAUUCACUUAUUAAAUCAUUUCUGAUGGCUAGGAGAAAAUAAAGAGCACAUGACUGUAGUACAUGAUCUUAUUAUGUUGAAUAUUUGAAGAGUUGGGUACCAAAAUGAGAAGUUUUUUUCAAUAUAUUUUUUUAAUCAUGUUAUAAUGUGUAAUUGUGUUUUAUUGCAGUUUGAUUGAUAUUAAUUGGAAUCCACAAUAAAAAAACAUGAUUUUAGAAAAAAAUUUAAAACAGAGUUUUGGAACCGAACACUUCAUUUAUUCAUAGAAGUCAAAUUGUCAUGAUAUCUUGAAAUAAAACUUUGUGAAAAAUGUCUUAA